AUGAUUUGUUCCGGCACCGACAACAAGCUGAGCACUCCGUCCGACCUGGACCAGCAGUACCGAUCCCUGAAGAAGCUCUACGAGAACUGCGAAGUGGUCAUGGGCAACCUGGAGAUCACCAGCAUCGAUCGGAACCGCAACCUCUCCUUCCUCAAGUCAAUCAGAGAAGUGACCGGCUACGUGUUGGUGGCUCUCAACCAGUUCGAUUACCUUCCCCUGGAGAAUCUCCGGAUCAUCCGAGGCACAAAACUGUACGGGCAUCACUACUCUUUGGCGAUCUUCCUGAACUACAGGCGGGACGGGUACUAUGGCCUGAGGCAGCUUGGCCUACGCAACCUCACAGAGAUACUGAAUGGAGGGGUUUAUGUUGAAGAGAACAAAUUCCUGUGCCACGCGGACAACAUCCAUUGGCGUGACAUUAUCAAGAACCCCCAGGCGCAGCUGCUGGUGGUACCAUCCAACAACAGCAACCUGGGAUGCCGCCGCUGUCAUCGCUCAUGCAACGGACGCUGCUGGGGUCAUCAGGAAGACCAGUGUCAAACCUUGACAAAGACGGUGUGUGCAGAGCAGUGUGACGGGCGAUGCUUCGGGCCUUACGUCAGCGACUGCUGCCACCGCGAGUGCGCCGGCGGCUGCUCGGGCCCCAAGGACACGGACUGCUUCGCUUGCACCAAUUUCAACGACAGUGGAGCGUGUGUGACCCAGUGCCCCCAGCCAUUCGUCUACAACCCCACAUCUUUUCAGCUGGAGCACAACCCAAGAGCCAAGUACACUUAUGGAGCCUUUUGUGUCAAGAAAUGCCCUCAUAACUUUGUGGUGGACCACAGCUCCUGCGUCAGAGCAUGCCCCAGCAACAAGAUGGAGGUGGAGGAGAAUCGCAUCAAAAUGUGCAUCCCCUGCACUGACAUCUGCCCUAAAGUGUGCGAUGGAAUAGGAACAGGCAGCCUGCAGACAGCUCAAACGGUGGAUGCCAGCAACAUUGAUAAAUUUGUCAACUGCACCAAAAUCAAUGGGAACCUCGUCUUUCUCAUCACUGGAAUUAAUGGGGACAAGUAUCAUGGUAUUGGGCCUUUGGACCCUGAGCUUCUUAACGUGUUCCGCACCGUGAAGGAGAUCACAGGUUACCUUAACAUCCAGUCUUGGCCUGAAAACAUGACAGACCUGAGUGUGUUUUCAAACUUGGCUACUAUUGGAGGUAGAACUCUUUACAGUGGAAGUGGCAUUUCUCUGCUAAUCCUGAAGCAGCUUUGGAUCUCCUCGCUUCAGUUCCAGUCUUUGGACGAGAUCAGCGCCGGAAACGUGUACAUCUUCAACAACAGCCGCCUGUGCUUCUACAACACAGUCAACUGGACAUCCCUCUUCAGGACCACGAGCCAGAUGGUCCUCAUCGGCCACAACCAAGAUCCAAAAGAAUGUACCCAACAGCGAAUGAUAUGUGAUCGCAUGUGUUCGGACGACGGGUGCUGGGGUCCGGGGCCCGACCAGUGUCUUUCCUGUCGUUAUUUCAGACGAGGCCCAACCUGCGUCGAGGCCUGCAACCUCUUUGAUGG